UCCCGCAGUGGAAAUUUGUGUGGAGAAAUUUAGCUUCACUUCAGCCUUCUCUGGCAUCCCCCGCAAGGCUACAUCAUACAUUUGACCUCAAAAGUCCGAAAUCAGCCAGGGAAAAUAUUGCUCCUUACCCUACCGACAGGUCGAAACCCAGGCCGCAAUGGUGCUUCUAACUACUACUCCUCGCAUUCUUGCAGCCAUCUCCACUCUAUCCCACACCGAGCGUUCAUCUCUAAAUGCGCUACCUUCGGAUCCUGGCGCACCGAUUGAGCAUUCAACCCUCAUUAGUCUCUCGAAACUCGCCCGAGAGACCAGUUUGAACAGCCUUCUACGUGGAACGCAUAUCUACAGACCUCCUCCACCUCCCAAACCGGAACCAUCGCCGGGAUAUGUCGCUCUCAUGGCAAGAUUGCGGAGGGAAGAGGAACAGCGAGAGUAUGCCAACUUGGUGUCUAAACGAGGUCUCGAGAUUGGCUUGGAUGAGGAGAAAGACGACAUAAGCCCUCAGCUGGUCUUCAAUAUCUUGUUGAGCAUCGUCAUGUGUGCGGGUGCUAUAUUCUAUUUGACCAGAUGGUGGCACAGUGACGGACUACGAGUCUUGUUAUCAUUGUCUACGGGAGUUGUGGUCGGGGUCGCAGAGGUGACAGUGUACGCAGGAUAUCUGAGGAAAGUCAAGCUGAGUAAAGAAAAAGAGGUGACCAAACGAGAAAAGAAGCAAUUUAUCGGCGAGUAUAAAGGAGAGGUGAUGGACACGACGUCAGCAGCGACAACCAUUGAGAAGCAGGAAAUAUGGGGGCGGGGCGUCAACGGAGGCAUAAGAAGGCGAGUAAGAGACAAGUGGGAGAAGGGAAAUGAGACGAACUGAGUAGAACA